AAGAAGCCGGGACUUAGGCACAUUCAAACAAUUUCUAUUAAACAACGUAAUAAUAGUUUUAAUUAAGUACAAUAAUUACAUAGAAUACUGAAGAACCACAUCGAGGAGGCUAUGAAGUCAAUCAAUUAUCAAAUAAUUACACUCGAUUUGUUUUUUUAUAUGCUAUCAACGCAUCAGCCAAGUUUCGGCUAUUUAAUAAAUAUUUUUGCACACGUACCACAACCACACAUUAUAACGCAAAACAAACACGGGCGGAAACAAGAUGAAGUCGCCGUAUUGGAGCAAACAAUUCGAACGCGGAACGAGAUGCAGCGCGCCGCUGGUGUCGAACUAGCUGCCACUUGUCAGAUAUGUCUGAAAACAAAAUUCGCGGACGGAGUCGGCCACUCCUGCCACUACUGCCGAGUGCGGUGCUGCGCGAGAUGCGGCGGUAAAGUAACCCUGCGGUCGAACAAGGUUAUUUGGGUCUGUAUAUUGUGUCGCAAAAAACAAGAACUUUUAUCAAAAACGGGACAAUGGAUACACAAGAGUACCGGGCACGACUCGAUGUUGUGGAGAAUGGAAUCUGAUUUACGGAACUUACUACCACAGGUAGACGCGACAUUGGACAAAAGACCUAAGUUAGAAAGGGCACAUAGCGCUGCGGAGAAAGAAAACCUGCCGCUUCAGAGGUCAGGCAGUGCUUUGCGUCGGCAAUACAGUCAACAAGAUCCCAAGUGUUACGGAGACCUGGACGCACUGCCUCGAGCCCAUCAAAUUCCAAGCUAUUCCAGACAAAAGACAGCUUACGGAAUAGAUGACCUCCCCCCUCCAUCGCAAUCAAAUCAGCUGCUGCCUCUACCGCAUUCGAGUGCCAUUCAUCCUCCGUUACCGCCUCGUUCUUCAUCUUCAGACGAUGAGGUCCAAGACUGUGUGUCUGAUGAAAACGACGAAUACCGAGACCGCGGAGAACUUGAGGCCUCUCUCCGGAAUCCGCACCUGCGCAGCGCUAGCAGUAUUGCGGUCAACAACUAUUACAACCUCACCAAUCACGCCCCCACCUCGUACAUCCCCGAAGGCCGCGGUGUCCUCGACACGGCGCCCACUGUCCCUGCCAGCGGCCGCAGCUUCGACUCGGUGACAGAUACUCGCUGGCGGACUCGUGAUGAAGGAGAGAGUUCAUAUCUGCGACCGUACACACAGGACGACGCGCACAGAUCUGAUCGUGCCGUCUAUAAGAGUGCCUAUCUUUGGGAAGAUUCCACCGACACAAGACGAUUUACCGAGAGGAGAAAAAAAACUGUCAGGUUUGAUGGCCACGAUGGAGCCGCAACUUUUCCUCGCGGUGGAAGAGACUCGUCAAUAGUUCCACAUGAUUGGGCAUCAUUACGAUGGGAGUCAGAGAGACAAACUAGUCAAGACUCGGCCACAAAGGAUUCAGGCAUCGACACUUCUAGCACAUUCACAUCCAGUGAAGACUCGAACAGGGGCGAGUGCCCUAAGUUUCCGCUUAACUGGCAAGUUUCUACUGAUGGCACUCGAAUGGUGGGACAUAUGGUGCUACGAAAGACAGUCGUUGAAGGAAGCUCCCAUUCAUCUGCAGCUAUACUUGGCUUGAAAGUGGUUGGAGGGAAAAUAUUGCCGGAUGGCACGCGUGGGGCCGUUGUUGAGAAAGUUAAGAAAGGCUCCAUUGCUGAUUUAGAAGGACAGCUGAGAAUAGGCGAUGAGGUGCUGCAGUGGAAUGGAGUGCCAUUACAAGGCCGCAGCGCUGAUGAUGUGGCUUCUGUGGUAGCGAACAGCAAGCACGACACGCACGUAGAGCUGGUGGUUUCUAGGCCACUUACUUCAGCCAGGCUUUUGGCGCAGCCUUGGAGAACUCACAAGGAAGUGUACACGGAAGUGAUGGGUGUCGGCGAGAAGCCAAGUGUUUUAGUGACGUCACCAGGCUCACCCGAUGUUCAUGGACGAAGACGUUCUGCAAGGCAAAGCGGCCAAAAUGCGAGCGUUGCUGGUCGCAUACAGCUAAAAGUAUACUUCGAUAUAUCUGCGCUGCAACUCUUGGUCACAGUAGUGUCCGCGAGUGGCCUCAGUCCUCGUGUUGAUGGCUCACCACGCUGUCCUUACGCCAAGCUCUUCCUACUUCCCGACAAGAGUGAGAAAAGCAAACGGAGAACCAAAACUCUUGCCAAUACACUGGAACCAAGAUGGAACCAGACCUUCGUGUACUGUGGGAUACGAAUUACCGACAUCAAGAAAAGGACUUUGGAGGUAACGGUGUGGGAUCUGAACCGUUAUGGACCAAACGAUUUUCUCGGCGAAGUGAUGUUAGAUUUGGAAAGUAUGAUGACCAAUCAUGAACCAAGCUGGUACAAACUACGGCCGCAUGAUGAAUUUACAGGAUUUGGUAGGUACCGAGAAGAAGAGGCUGACGGUGAACAUCUGUCUCCCCCCUCCACGUCAACGUCGCGUCUCUCAGACUCGGACACCCCCAGCGAAUGUGAUCUGAGACGUCACCACUCCCUCUCCAGCUUAGCGUCGAGUUCAAGUCCUCCGCCACCUCACGAGAUGGACGGGACGAGAUGCAGCAGGCGGGAUAUGUCUCCUUCAGGAAGGCUGCGCAACGCCGGCCUGGCCAGAGAUAGGGGUCCUGGCUAUGUCGCCCGGUCACAGUCGGCUGCGGGCGGUAGAAGUGGGUCGCCACGGAGGUCACUAUCUCCCCCCGCUGACAGAGAGGCAUACCGCUACACAGUUGGUGAAGAUCGCCACGAGGGUGCGAGGUUGCCGACACACGCGUACGCCCCACGCUUUCAAUCCCGCUCGGCCACUGCUACCCCCACCACCAGCCCCAAGAAGCGGCAGCUACCUCAAAUACCUCACCAGAACGCUCAGAGGGCAAUGCGAGCUCAAGUGUCUGCGGACCUCGAAGAACGUAAGUGGAUCGGCCCGCAUCACAUUGGCGCCACACUCACCUACCGCAGCACGCCACAAGGAUGGGAAAGACACUACGCAGGACUUUCGGAUUCCGAGCUGGCGUCACGAGGUGGUGGAUGGGCACCUCGGCGUCGUCUGUCUCCUGACGCUGCCGCUGGAGACUCCGACAUAGAGUCUGUGGGCUCGGUCACGUCGAGCGCCUUCAGCACCCAGUCGGAGAGACCACGACCAACCAGGAUGCUCAGCAAUGAUUAUGGUGGUCGAGAGAACGGAAGAAACAAUAACCAGCAACCAACGCUAGAACGAAGGGAAUCAAGACGUGGACAAUUCACAAGAAGCCUUAGUAAUGCAGAUGCACCUGAUGAAAAAGCAGAUGGCAGCCUGAGCGAUACAGCACUCGGAGCUACUUCAGAAAAUGAACCAAGUGGUGACGACGCUUUGUUAAAAGCAGAACCUCGCGACUAUUUUGGUCCAGGCAUGGGCAAAAAGAGUAAUUCAACAUCACAACUCUCAGCGACAGGUCGAAAAAGAAGGUUAGGGUUUGGUAAACGAGGGAAAAAUUCCUUUACUGUACAACGAAGCGAAGAGGUUGUUCCCGGGGAGAUGCGGGGAGGUACUGGUGUGUCACGGGCCUCCUCUGCCUCCAGUGAAAACGAAGAUGACAGAUGGUCUCCUGGUAUGCGUGGAUCUAGUUCUUCAGACGGAGGUGGUUUGUCCGACUUCAUAGACGGCCUGGGGCCAGGACAACUCGUCGGACGACAGUUACUGGGUGCACCUACUCUGGGGGAUGUUCAAUUAUCUAUGUGUUACCAAAAAGGGUUCUUAGAGGUGGAAGUGAUCCGCGGCCGGGGUCUCCAAGCCAGACAAGGCAGCCGGACGUUGCCGGCGCCCUACGUCAAGGUGUACCUCGUGAGCGGCAAGCGGUGCCUCGCCAAGGCUAAGACCAGCACCGCGCGGCGUACGCUCGACCCGCUCUACCAGCAGACUCUCACGUUCAGAGACAACUUUAAAGGUUGCAUAUUACAAGUCACUGUGUGGGGCGACUACGGGCGGAUUGAGGGCAAGAAGGUGUUCAUGGGCGUUGCCCAGAUAAUGUUAGACGAUCUUAACUUGUCUAACAUCGUUAUUGGAUGGUAUAAACUGUUUGGGACGACAUCAUUGUAACUGCGGUUGUCACUGUUGCGGAGUCGGUGAACCCAUAUCAAUAAAUAUAUGUAUAAUAUAUUGUCCAAUAAUAAAUCUAGUGAUAUCGCUUUAAUAAUAUUAAAAUCCGCAUAUGUAUUAAUACUAUAGUAACAUUUUCUAUAAGACGAAUAAAUGUAAAUUAUUUGUAUUUUAAUUUCAUUCGAAAUGCCUAUCGAGUUACGAAAUAGUUAGCAUUUUAUAGCAAGAUGUAUAGCUGAUUAUUUAACAAUAUGUAAUUAAGUAUUAAAAGCCAAAUGUAU